AUGCAAAGUGAAGAUAGGCCUUUGGACCCCGGAGUGGAUCAGUUAAAGCAGUGGCGUGAUCGUUGCGCUGAAAAGUUUCCCGAUUUGAAGAAUGCUCUUGACGAAUGUAAUGCGCGAGUCACUUCCCGUAAGCAUACCGAGGAAACAUGCAACCAGGAGAUGUUCGACUUCGUCAAACACGUCGACAGAUGCGCCAUACGCAAAGCAUUUGCUUCGCUCAAGUGA